UUGCACACUUCAUUAACAUCACUCACAACUCGUUCACUACACUCCAAUCCUACAAUCUAACAUUAUCCACCAUUUUUCUUAUCUUUAAUCGACCUUUAUAUUCAUAACGAAGAUGGUGAAGAAAACGCCGGAAUAUGAGAAUAAAGUAGAUAAUUCGAUCAAGUAUAAAGGUGUUCGCAAGAGGAAGUGGGGGAAAUGGGUUUCCGAAAUCCGCCUACCAAACAGCCGUGAGAGGAUUUGGUUAGGGUCAUAUGAUUCAGCUGAGAAGGCGGCGCGUGCUUUCGAUGCGGCUCAGUUUUGUCUACGUGGUAAAUCGGCAAACUUUAAUUUUCCCGAUAAUCCGCCGGAGAUUGCUGGGGGAAGGGGUAUGACACCAUCGGAAAUUCAAGCGGCGGCGGCAAGGUUUGCUAAUUUGUCUUCUUCUAGUGAGGCGGCUGUUGUGGGUGGUAGUUGCGGCGGUGAUCAAACGAUAAGGGAUGAGCCUACGGUGGAGGAAUCGAUGUCUUAUUCGCCGUCGUUUUCGGAUGGAGCGACGGUUCAGAUGGAUUGUUUUGAUGUAGUAUCAGGGGUAGAAACGUCUUUUCAUGAGCAGUUGAGUUUAAGUACUACACUUGGGUCGGGUAAUUUUGCAUCUGACUUUGGAUAUUUUACCGGGUAUGAUGAUUUUACCGCGGGUAAUUAUUUUACAACACCACAACAAACUGAUAAUAAUUUUGGUUAUGUUGGUGAGGAUGAUACUUAUGAUGCUUCACUUUACCAAGACUCUUACCUUUGGAAUUUCUAAGGAGUAAAAAACUGAACAUAGUAAUUAUUAUGGGAGUACUUAGUAAAUUAAAACAGUGCAAAAUGCAGAAUUCGGAAUCAGUUUUUUUGUAAUUUCCACUUCUGCCGAGGUUAUAAAAACCGGUCGUGAAUCAAGAAACGGAAUUAUAGAAGAAAAUGAACAAAUGUUAGUAACUUAUUAGGACACAGAAUGUAAUAAGUAUGAGAAGUUUAGCAUUUUGUUGACCAUUUUUUUCCCUCAGAAUUCUUCUAUAAUUGGAAUUUUUUUGUGGAGCAAUGACUUCAUUAUCAUAUCAAUUACCAAGAUCGAUUCAGCAAUUUUUUUAAUUAAA